CACUCCCCAUUCUUCGGAAUGCACGCAUCCUACACACACCUUGUUGAUGAAUUUCGUUCUCCGUAACGCAUUGUUUGUCCUGACUUAUUGCCAGGUCGGGACGUUUUCCUCUGGCCCCAGCUGUGUGGACAGGGCCACACGCCCCCUGACCCACCACGGCUCUUGCCUGCAUAUUCCAGUGCUGCUUCUGUGAGAGCGCCGGCCCCGCGCUGAGCCAGGACUGCCCCGCAGACAUGGUGAAGAUGACCAAGUCCAAAACCUUCCAAGCUUACCUGCCAAACUGCCACCGCACGUACAGCUGUGUCCACUGCAGAGCCCACCUGGCCAAUCACGACGAGCUCAUCUCCAAGUCCUUUCAGGGAAGCCAGGGGCGCGCCUACCUCUUCAAUUCUGUGGUGAACGUGGGCUGCGGCCCGGCCGAGGAGAGGGUCCUUCUCACCGGCCUGCACGCCGUCGCAGACAUCUACUGUGAGAACUGCAAAACCACGCUCGGGUGGAAAUACGAACACGCCUUUGAAAGCAGUCAGAAAUAUAAGGAAGGGAAAUUCAUCAUUGAGCUUGCCCACAUGAUCAAAGACAAUGGCUGGGAGUAAAGCGAAGGCUUCCUGUUCUCUUCCGAAUCCUGUUUGGCGAGAGACUGUAUUGGAAUGGAAACA